GCACCGGGUCUGCUGGGCAUCGUUUCCGCUCAGCUCCUGAGCUGCUGCCUCGUGGGCUGUCAGAGAUAGUCGUCCCAUCUUGGGGGCUUUGUCUGACUGGGCCGGGCCACUGUGGAAUGGGGGUUCUGGGAGUGCUGUUGGGGGUGCUGACCUGCCUGAGGUCUACUCUGGGGGACUCUCCUGCCUUCCGCUGGCACAGCACCUCCUGUCACUUGUCCAGGCCCAUCCCUGGCAGCCCCAUGGGGUCCCUAAGUUUCUUGGGCACGGAUGCCCAGGGGCUGGCCCUGUUUCAUGCCCUCUGGGAUGGGCACGGGAGGCUGCAGACAUGUAACUGGCAGGAUGAGCCAGAGCUCACUGCAGCCUUCAGUGCUCUCUGUGCUGGCGAGAUCACUCGGGGCUUCUUCAUCCACGCUCCUGGACCUGAGCUGCAGAGAGCCCUGGCCACCCUCCAGAGUCAGUGGGAGGCCUGCCGGUCUGAGAAGAGUCAAGCAGGAGCCAGGGAGAAGCGAGCAACAGAGCAGAGUGAAGCACCUGGCGUAGCACACCAGCGGGGGAAGAGAGGCUGGACCAUGCCUGGCACACUGUGGUGCGGAGUCGGGGACUCCGCCAGGAACUCCACGGAGCUGGGGGUCUUCUGGGGCCCUGAUCUCUGCUGCCGGGAACACGACCGCUGCCCACAGACCAUCUCGCCUUUCCAGUACAACUACGGCAUCCGAAACUACCGAUUCCACACCAUCUCUCACUGCGACUGUGAUGCCAGGUUCCAGCAAUGCCUGCAGAAGCAGCGGGACUCCAUCUCAGAUAUCGUGGGCGUGGCUUUCUUCAAUGUGCUGGAGAUCCCCUGCUUUGUGCUGGAGGAGCAGGAGGCCUGUGUGGCGUGGUACUGGUGGGGCGGGUGUAGAAUGUAUGGCUCCAUACCCUUCGCCCGCCUCCAGCCUAAGACCAUCUACAAUGCCUCCUGGAGCUUCCCGGCCAUCCCCGUGACUCCCGACCCCCAGAGUCCAGCCCCCAGCAAGUCACGACAGAACGAGUACCCUCAGCAGUGGCCAUCACAGCAGGAAGGGCCCCAGCAGCCCAGCAAAGACAAUGCCACCACCCUCCAGGCCACCAUGGCCUCCCCUUGGCCUGAUAUGACCCCCACAGCCAGGCUGAAGAUCACCCAUCCAGGUCUUCAGGGGCCACAAGCUGCCCUAAAACCUGAGGCCACCCACCAGGCCUGCCGCGGCUUCCGCCACCUGGACCAGUGUGAACACCAGAUCGGGCCCCAAGAAACCAAGUUCCAGUUGUUCAAUAGUAACCAAGAGCCCCUCUUCCACUGCACCUGCACGCGCCGACUAGCGCGGUUCCUGAGGCUCCACAGCCCACCCUCAGGUGCCUACAUGCUUUUGGAGCCGCUGGGCACCACCUGCUUCAAGCUGGCCCUUCCACUGGACUGUGCUGAGAGCAAAGAUUGUUCCAGGGGCCCGAGGGCCAUCAAGGUGUCAGCUCGGCACUUGCAGCGACUUCAGCAGAGGAGACUCUGGGGUACAGGCAGAGAUGAUGGGCAGGCAUGGCCUUCAAAGCACCCAAGGGUCCCAAUGUCAUUCUAUGACCAGUGCCUGCAACUGACCCAGGCAGCCUGAGAACCCAAAGAGCGGCAGAAAUCCUGGAACCAGUGACCUCAGCUCCAGCUUUCAUGGGCACCAGACUGGACCUUGCCCCCGGCUUUGCUAGGCCCUCGGGGUCUCAGCCUUCUCUCCAUGUGUUACGCCGA